AUGCAUGUUAUGAGCAGCCCGUCGCUGACCAAUGAGACAGAGAACUGCAGCAGCGAGUGCAGCAGCAGCGCCGCCAGCACCACCUCCGACCUCUCCCCAAUGUUGGGCCACAUCCCCUCCGCUUCUACUCUCCCCUCUCCCUUCUCCAAUGAACACCCCCUGCACCCUACCACACUACCAAACCACUACACCCCACCGCCACCACCACCCCUGCCCCCGAACACACCUCCUCCUCCUCCCCCACCACCAACCUCCCUCUCCAGCCACGGUGUGUGGAAGAAGCGGCAGGUGCGGAGCUUUUUCUGGAAGCCCAUCCCAGAGGAGAAGGUGCGGGGGCAGCCCAACAUCUGGACCAUGGCGGUGCGCUGCCAGCAGCAGUACCAGAUCGAUGUGCGCUCCGUGGAGGAGCUGUUCGGCCAGCCAGAGGAAGUGCAGGGUCGGGGGUGUGUGCCCGCCACCAGUGGAUCCUCCUCAGCCCGCAUCACCCGGUCCAGGUCCUUCAAGGAGAACAAGGACAAGAUCAGCAUUCUGGACUCCAAGCGGGGCAUGAACGUGGGCAUUUUCCUCAGGCAGUUCAAGAAGUCCAAUCACUCCAUCGUCGAGGACAUUCGCCAGGGAGAUGGCAAGCUGUACGGAGCUGAACUCCUCAAAGACCUGCUCAAACUCCUGCCCGAGUCUGAAGAGGUAAAGAAACUGAGGGCGUUCAAAGGGGACUCCAGCAAACUGACCCUGGCAGACUCCUUCAUGUACCUGUUGAUCCAGGUGCCUCGGUUUGAGUUGCGCAUCGAGGCCAUGGUCCUGUGUGAGGAGUUCUUUCAGUCCUGCGCUGUGAUGAGCCAUGAGAUCGAUGUCAUCCGCGUGGCCACCAAAGAGCUGAUGACUUGUGAGGAACUACACGCCAUCCUCCACCUGGUCCUGCAGGCUGGAAACAUCAUGAACGCUGGUGGCUACGCAGGCAAUGCCGUGGGCUUCAAGCUGUCAUCGCUCCUCUCGCUGGCCGACACCAAGGCCAACAAACCUGGCAUGAACCUGCUACAUUUUGUGGCUUUGGAGGCACAGAAGAAGGACGAGAAGCUGCUGAAGUUCCCUGAGAAACUUCAGGACAUCCAGAGCGCUUCCAGAAUAUCAGUGGAAAACAUUGAGUUGGAGUUCUCGUCUCUCUACGUCAGGACCAGAUCCCUGGAAGAGAAGGUCCAGAGUGACCCAGAGCUCCUGGAGCAGCUGAACCCCUUCCUGCAGUGCUCCACAAGGACACUCCAGGACCUGAAGAGGUGUAGGCUGGACCUGCGGAAGGAGGGUAAAUCGCUUAUUGACUUCUUCUGUGAAGACAAGGACACCUUCAUGCUGGAUGAGUGCUUCCGCAUCUUCCAGGACUUCUGUCUCAAGUUCAAAAAGGCUGUCAAGGAUAACCGGGAGCGGGAGCAUAAAGAGGCGGCCAGGCAGCGGCGUCUCAGAGAGCUGGAGGAGAAGCGCUUUGCCUGGAAUGCCGACCAGCAGAAGGCUGCUGGCGCAGGUAAUGGCGGCUUUGGCCGCAGCAGCAGCGAGAACGACAUGGAUAUGCUCACCAAGGAGGGCCUCCUGGACUUCCUCCAGCAGCGUCCCGCCAGCCCCCACAGCCCCCUGGGUCGUUCAGCCAGCGCCCGUCGCCACCGCCACACCGUGGCCGCCAUGGCCGACCGCGAGCUUAACGAAUACCUGGAGCUGUUUGGCAGUGACACGGCACUACCAGCUGACUAUGCCAACAAGUUCAACAGCCUGCCGCGCUCUGGCCGCACCCUCCAUCGGAGAACCGCCCCCUGUCUUGUGUCCCAGGAUGACAACCACAAGCUGGGGAAUGGGCAGCAGGUGCUGGCCACGUCACACCGGGCUGAGACGGAGCCCAUCAGCCCCUUGGCAAUGUACUCUUUCACAGGCAUUAAUGUCAACGAGGAACCGUAUAACAAUAAUAACAAUUACACGACCGUGUCCGAGGGGAGCUAUCUGCCUCGCUCAUGUCAGAACCGUAACGUCUUUCAGAAGACGCCCAACCCCGGAGUGAGCGUCACGGCACACAUGAACGUCAGCGUGGAGAGACACACUCUAGUCCUGGGAAUUCAACAGUUUGACCUCCCCAGUCCGAACAAUAACACAAAUCAAAUGCACUUCGUUGACCACAAAGACUUGGUGGAAACGGACUUGGAAAUGAAGACGGAAUCUCCAAAGACACUCAUUUUGGAUACCCCUCCUCCUUGUCCAAAGAGUUUGGAAAGAGGACCAGAGCCCAUGGCGUGGGAAGGUAAAAUGCCAUCCUCUCAGUUUGUGGUUGGCUCGCUUCAGAAGGAGGAAGAGGAGGAAAGCAGCACCGUCUCCUCAACCACCUGUGAUAUGCCCCUCCCUCUUGACCCCUCCGUAUCCAAUAAGAAACCGGUGUUCUACAUCUUAGACUGCACAGAAACGGACUGCUCCGUAGUACUUGACUACUCUGAGAUCGAAAGCUCGCCUCUAAUGAGGGAAGGAUUGGUCCCCGAUGUAAAAAACACUGACUGCAACAACAUCCAGGGGAACCUUCGAGACCCCAGCUCACUAUCCUCCAACUCCAACUUUGAUUCCACAUCCAAAAACGAUCAGUCCGUCUCUGCCUCCACAAAUGAGCUGUCGGUGUCAAAGUCCACAGACGAACGUGCCCCAUCCGUUGGCUCACUUGUCACCACGGAAGAGGGGGACACAGAUAGCUGGGACACGGCGGAGGCUAGGCAGGUGGGCGAGAAAGCUGUACAGACAUAUAGCCAUAAACCAACACACGCCAAGACCAAGAAUGUGUCAAAAGUUUCCAAAAACAGCAAAGUGGGUUGCGGCGUCAGGAUAUUGACCACCACUGAGAACCAGGGCAUGCGGAAGGUGGUGCCCAUCACCAAGCUAAGCCGGACUGGCCGUAACGCCAGGCGGGUGGAGAGACCUGCCGGGGGCCAUGGGGGUGCAAGGCAGCCGCUCAUCGACAAGAGCACCCCAGCCAGGGAGAGGGGUGAGAAGACCGGUUGGCCCGCCCGCCACUCCAGCUUGCCCCCAGAAGCCAAAUCCCAGGGGAACGCUGGCCUCUCUGGCUGGGCACAUGACCUCAACCUGCGAAAGCCCUCCUUCCGCAAGCCCAGCGCCAAGCCGCUGAGGAACCUGCCCAAGGCACCGCCGGAGGAGAAGAUGUGCCGCUCCACCAUGAGAGCCCUGGCUGCUCAGGCCCAAGGUCAGGUUAGGACACCUUCUGAGGCUAGCGCUCCCGAGACACCUACUCACAGCUCCAAAACCCCAUCAGCCACCCUGCCUGGCUGGGCACGCAACACUGUGGCCUCCUCCUCUCGGACCACCAAGAAGGAACUCGCUCCAACCCUCUCCAACCCCCCGACCCCCUCCAGGAGCCCCUCUCUCCUGUCCCGGAGCAGCUCCCAGAGUCAAGCACCCGCUCGGCCUCAAGCCGCUGCCACAACCACACGUCCUGCCAAAGGGGGGCAGCAUUCACCCCAGGGGGAGGAGAAGGAAAAGGCCCAAGGGGGUGGUCUGCAGAGGGUGCAGAGCGUCAGGGCAUCAAGCCGGGCGAGCACUCAGCGUAGCGACACCCCCCCAUCGCCGCCAACCCGUGAGCGCUCACGCAAGAGCAGCAGCUUCUCCAAAAAAUCUGUCCAAUCCACUACGUCAUGUAGGACCAUCAAGCCCACCUGGAAGUAGAACUCAAAUAUGGUGGAACUUGAUUGAAGCAAGAUAGGAAGAAAUGGUACUAUGGUUUUCCCCACAUACUGUAGACUGACAUUUUGUGUCCUCUUUCAUUAGCUACUCUAAGACAUCCCACCUCAUCCAUAUCAAGUCAUUAUACAGGGCUCCGUCAACACGUAUUGUAUGAACUGCAAAAAUAUAUAAUGCACUGUAUAAGAUUAUUUCUUCAUGAGCCCCCAUUUGUUUUUGAGCAUUCUUCACGGGGAGACAGAACUGACAAAUGGCAAAAUCCCCCUUUUUUCCUUCUUUGCCUGCGUUGUGGUCUUAAACUCUAUUUAAUAAGGUAUAAUAACAUGUCAAAAAAGAAGAAAAAUUAUUAUGCUUUUUUUUACAACCCAUUUUAAAAUGGUGUUUACAUGGUAUUUACUUAAAAACGAUGUGGUAGUAACAAUUUACUGUUACCAAAUGGCACAUAGCAACACGUGUGUCAACGCAUCUCGUGUGAUUACUAUGCAAUUAUUAGAUAAUUACCAUUUAAACAAGUACUUUCUAGGUAACUACCUGGUAAACAAUGACUGUAAAAUGAAGUGUUGCUGAAAACCCACUACUGAACAUGCUUGAAUGCUGCUAAUUAGCUUUGACAAUUUGGGGACUGUGUUAGUGUCUUCAUUCAGGGUAUGAGCUUUGUAAGACGCUGCCUUGCUGCUGUUGUGAAUGUGACUUUGAUUUCCGUGGUUCUCUACUUUCCUUGGCACAGCCGUACUAUACAGUAGCCUGGAGUCCACACUGAAUAUUGCUCUGUUUUUCACUUUACUGAUUUAGUCUGAGUCUGAUCCAAUAGGGUUCAUUUGGAAUUGGCAAAAAAGAGCUGGUCCAAUCAGUGUCUUCUCAGAUACUAUGUGCGAGACAAUAAUGAAAAUAACUAUUCAGGGCCUUAUUCACUAGAAACCAAACGGGGGGGACGGAAUAAGAAACAAAGAAACAACUGUUUUCGUUUUCCGUUUGCACUAAUGAAUAUGACCCUGGCUCAGUGUCAUUGUACUUCUCAGCAGCUGGCCACUGAGUUCCUUUCCCGCUCCACUGAAGUUAUACCGCGGUUAUACUUGACAUUGCAAAAAUAGUAUAUAGUAAAAAAAAUCCAAAGUAAAAGGCCACAGAAGAAAUGCCCAUAGGCCCCAUUUAAUCCAACCGGGUUAAGAUAAAUAGACAUUAUUGUUGAUGUGCUGCAUCGUCUUGGACAAAAUUAUGUGUAGUCAGACAUUAGGAAACUGAACUAUAUUUGAAUUCUAAUGUCAAUGAAGUUGAAGAAUUUUGUUUUUCACUUGUUUUGGAUACCUGGUUGUCAGUGUUUGAUUGAAUCAGGUAUCCUAUUGUGUACUGAGUCAAGUACAUUAACUAUUACUAUUAGCAAGUACAGAAAGUUAUUGAGUCAUUAUCCUCUGUUUAUGAUACUCCAGUUAGUCCUUUGGUAUGAUUCCACUGUAAAGUUUUACCUUUACCUCUUAGAAUACAGUACAUGCCAGGGUGUACUUUGUCAUGCAAUGCAUUUUCAUGUACUUGUGGUACUUUUGACAUUUGUAUGUAUGUAUCAAUAACGAGCAAUGUUUCUAAAUGCUCUUGAUAAAACGCCUCCAUUCAAUCAUGGAGUAGAAGUGCACACAAAGGAAAUAUUUUUCCUGCUUUAUGCUAUAGCUAGACCAACACUAACGCUAUGAAAAACAACAUUGAAUAGCUCUUCAGACUGAAGUAACACCCAACAUGGUGUUGUUUGUCUCUGCGUUUUGUCACAAUAAUCGUCUUUGUAAUCCUCAACUUUUCUACUGUGAAUGUUGUCAUCUCCAGAUUUUUGUAUUACCUGACAUUGUGUAAUUGUGUUCCUUGACCGCCAUCGGUCGUGAUCAAAGUAAUACUGUAGAUUCUUCAGCCCUGCAAUUGCUCCUCACUACACUGGUCCCAGAUCAGUUUGUGCUGUCUUGUUGACUCCUAUGGUCAUAUUGGCAAGCCAGCACAAACAGAUCUGGACCAGGCCAGCUUGUCACACCAGUUGCCUUUCAAACAGCAUUGCGCCAUUGACAUAAACAACAACAACUAGAGUGCAUUAACUUGAAGCUUGUCUCCUAAAUUGUAAAUAAGAGUAGAAAUCCUCCCUACCUUCCAUUGCACCUACCAAAAUAGCUAUUAGACUGGAUACUACAAAUCACAGGUUUAGCCAAUUAGCUGUCCACUCUGUGUACAUAGUGUAAAGACAUACUAUUUUUGAUUAUACGUAGAGCUCGCAAUAUGUUUACACGUAGCAAACUGUAUAUGGAGGCUUGGAAGUAGUGAAGGUGAAAGGAUUCUGUUGACAAGAGGAAAUGGUUAACCAGACUUUUUCCUUUCUGAAAAUUUUCACAAUGAACAGCAUCGUUGUUCACAGACCAUACAUUGAGGCACUCAAUUCAACUUGUCUUGAAUCAACCAUGUCAAUCUACUGUACUCUAAGUCUGAGGAUAUCUCAAGCAUAUCUAUACAGUUGUUGUACUAUGUCUGUCUGCAAUGUUGAAAACCCACUACUGAAAAUGUUUGAAUGCUGCUAAUUAGCUUUGACAAUUUGAGGACUGUGUUAGUGUCUUCAUUAGAGUAUGAGCUUUGUAAGACGCUACCUUUCUUCUGUUGUAAUUGUUGUACCAUUUCUGUCUGCAACUCUCAGAGUAGGCUUAAGAGAGCCCAUUUUAAAUUGAUCCUACAGGCCACAACCCUGCAGUAGGCCAUGAUAUGUGUAUCUCCCUGCAAUGCAAAUGAAGUGAGGCAGCGAAUGUCACAAAAGACCCAGAGGCCAUACGUCAGCCCAGAUUGUGUCUCUCAAAUGGCACCCUAUUCCCUAUAUAGUGCACUGCCUUUGACCAGGGCCCAUA